AUAAUUGUUCAAAUCUAUAUCACACAGCGGUAAUUUAGCAUCGGCUAUACCUGGGGAUUUUGAGGAUUACAAUCUAUAUCCUUGCCUUUGUAGUCAAUUUUGAGUCGGCAUUGAGAGUUGCUGUUAAAAUCUAAAGAUGGGCAGUGUAACAUACUAUUUGGCUGUUGGAGUGGGGCUCGCCUGUGUUCUUUUGGGAACGUUGAAAGUUGCUCCCAUCGAGCCUGCACACGGGAACUUGGUCUCUUACAUGCACAAUUUUGCUGGAGUCUUCCCACUUCGUGCCCUUGGCUUCCAGCCGUCCGGUGCCAUGUACUGCGCCGUGGUGGCUGUCUUGGACAUCUUCUUCGGAGCUCUUCUGGCAUUUGGCCGCUACGACUGGCCCGUCAUCAGCUGCUUUGUCCUCCUCGCCAUAUCGGCCCUCUACAUCCACGGUCUGUUGGCUCUGAGCGCAUCGAUGGGCGACUUCUUCUUCCCAGUGCUUCUCGCCGUGCUUCUGUUGCUGCUGAUGUUCGGGCGCAAUGGACUGUGGGGAGGACAUGGCAAGGUCCACCUGGCCUAAGCUUGAGUGAGUGAAGAGUUUCCCUCAUCAGACUCUCACUCUCACAGUAUGGUUGAUUAUUCUUAUCAACUAACAACCCACCAUUUAAUCAUGUACCAAGUCAAGGGACUUUAAUUUUCUGAAUAAAGUUUUGGUGAUUGUUAACUUAAUUUGCAGUGGAUGAGGCCGGGCAUAUUUCUGCCGCGGUUAUAUCAAUGUAAUCUCUGUAUCUUCCAACUAAUCAUUGAAACAUCAUUGAAAACUUCACACCCACGGUUUACAAAACCAAGGCUUGGUUUUGCAAAGUUGGAUAUUUUUUGUGUGUAUUCAUGCACGGUGUGUGAUAGUCAUUGAGGCACCUUUAAUCACAAAAAAUACUUUGAAUUGAAUGAAUAUUUAUUGACUGUAAAUCAGUAAUCGUGUAUUUUUGUUCAUCAGAGAUGACAGAGAUAUUAAAUCAACAUUUUUUAAUUUCUAUUUUCUAAAUACUAUGAAUUAUAUUUGGGAUAUUUCUCACAAAACAUCUACCAGUAAUCAAGAUUGCAUUGAAAGAUCAAUUGUCACAUAUUUUGCAAUAGUUUGCAAAUCAGUAUU